CUGUACCACUCAAUCAAUCUCGCUCAGAUACCUCUCCUCUCUCUCUCUCUCUCUCUCUCUCUCCUCUCCAUCGCUCACAUAUUUAUGGAGUCGCAAAUCAUCUCAAAGCAAUUCAUCAGAUACACCACUUUCUUCGCUUCUUCAAUUCCGAAGAAUGACCAGAUCGCAAACCCUAGAAUAUCAUCAACAUCUUAUCCCCAAUUAGAUGAAUUGAAUUGAGCAAAUCCAUUCCAUCACCAGAUUUCAUAGUGUCUCCCAAUACUUAUUUAUUCUCGCAAUCGGAAACCCUAGAAUCCAUGGUAGGAGCGGCCUAUGCUCUCUUCCUUCUUGACAUCAAAGGCCGUAAUCUGGUGUGGCGCGACUACCGUGGCGAUGUAUCAACUGUUCAGGCCGAGAAAUUCUUCACCAAGCUCAUCGAGGAAGAGAGAUUUGGAGAUCGAUCUGGUGAUCGAAGGGACAAGGGUGUUUGUGGAUCGUGAUGGUGCUGGGAAGCACAUAGAGUCAGGUGCCAAGAAAGUGCUCAUCACAGCUCCAGGGAAAGGUGACAUACCCACCUAUGCGGGCGUCAAUGCUGAUGCCUACAACCCGGCCGAGCCCAUCAUUGGCAAUGCCUCAUGUACCACAAAUUGCUUUGCCCACUUUGUCAAGGUCCUUGACCAAAAAAUUGGUAAAAAGGGUGAUGGUAGAACAUAAAGCAACAUGAAGCAUUGGGAAAUAUUUUAGCUCAUUUCUGUGUUGUUUUUGUUAGCAAGAAUAAUAUGAAAAUGUAUGUUAAAACUUGAAUGAAAUUGUUUCUAUGUUCUAGAAAUGAAACUACUUAUUUACUAUA